CAUGUUCUAUGUUAUCUCUAUAUAAAGUUAUCUGAUCUCAUUUUCCCUAACCAUGACAAAGCAAUAAGACAACAAAUGGAUUCCCUCCACUUUCCUUCAUUUGCAUCUGUCAGAGUUCUUCUGUUUGCUUUCUGGGUUACAACGUUGUUUCCCGAGUUUGUAGUGAGCAUAACAAGGCACUACACAUUUAAUAUCGAGUACCUGAAUGUCACUAGAUUGUGCCACACAAGGAACAUUCUGAGUGUGAAUGGGAAAUUCCCAGGACCUCCCUUAGUGGCAAGGGAAGGUGAUAGGGUUGAGGUCAAGGUGGUUAAUCACAUCUCAAACAAUGUAACCAUCCAUUGGCAUGGCAUUCGUCAGAUAACAAGUGGGUGGGCUGAUGGACCAGCAUAUGUGACACAGUGUCCUAUACAAACCAACCAGUCAUACACAUACAACUUCACCAUCGUAGGGCAGAGAGGGACUCUGCUUUGGCAUGCUCACAUAUCAUGGCUAAGAGCAACCAUUUAUGGACCCAUCAUCAUCCUCCCCAAGCAAAAUGAACCUUAUCCAUUCGAGAAACCAUAUAAAGAAAUCCCCAUUCUUUUUGGUAUGAUAUUAGUUGAGAGUGAGAAUGGAGGAAAACUAAUUUUGACCAUAUAAUCAAAAUCCAUAGCCAAGA